ACUCACUUUCCACUGUUUCCAGCAAUCAGCAAUCGACAAUCAGCAGGCCGCAAUCGUUUCAGUCCCCGGCAAGUUGAUCCUCUCUCCACCAUGACCUCCAUUGGCACCGGAUACGAUUUGUACACGUCGCAGUUCUCGCCAGAUGGGCGUGUCUUCCAGAUUGACUAUGCGGCCAAGGCCGUAGAGAAUUCUGGGACGGCCAUCGCUCUCCGAGGCAAGGACGGUGUGGUCUUCGCCGUGGAGAAGAUUGUCACGUCCAAAUUGUUCGAGAAGACGGCCAAUAAGCGCAUCUUCACCGUAGAUCGCCAUGUGGGCGUGGCGGUGUCAGGUUUGUUGCCGGAUGGGCGGGCCUUGGUUGAUACGGCCGGCGGCGAGGCGGCCGAUUACCGCGCCAAUUACGGUUCGGAUAUUCCGUUGAAGUAUCUAUCGGAUCGCGUGGCUAUGUACAUGCAUGCCUACACAUUGUACUCCUCCUUGAGACCCUUUGGCACCACCAUCAUGUUUGGCACCUAUGACAAAGAAGAUGGACCUCAACUUUACUGUGUCGAGCCGUCGGGGGUGUCCUAUGGAUAUUGGGGUUGUGCCGCUGGCAAAGCCAAGCAGGCGGCCAAAACUGAGAUUGAAAAACUCAAAGUCCAAGAAUUGUCCUGCCAGGAUCUGAUCAAGGAGGCCGCCAAGAUCAUCUAUAUGGUUCACGAUGAGGUCAAGGACAAGAUGUUCGAAUUGGAGUUGUCUUGGGUAACUGAGGCCACCAACGGCCUUCAUGAACGCGUGUCCCAAACUGUGCAGGAUGAGGCUGAGAAGUUUGCCAAGGCUGCCAUGGAAGAGGACUCCGAUUCGGAUGAGGAGGACAUGUCCUAAUUAUGUUAUCAUGUAUUUUUAAAACGAACGAUCGGAAAUAUAACGACAUAAAACAAA